AUGCCUUCGCGAAUCCCUCGUCCUGCGCAGACCCCGGGGCAGCUGCGCGUGCACACGGGCGGGCUGGCGUGGCGGAAGCUGGGCGGGGGGAAGCAGGUGGACGUGCAGCGCACGGACAUGGCGGGCGUGGUGUGGAUGCGCGUGCCGCGCGGGUACCAGCUGUGCGUGCGGCUCAAGGCGGGCGGCAAGGUGAAGUUCAACGGCUUCACCAAGGCGGACGUGGACUCGCUCUCGCCCUUCCUCACCUCCACGCUUGGCUUCGCGCCGCGCAAGAGCGAGCUCGCCACCAGCGGCCGCAACUGGGGCGACGCCGAGAUCGAAGGCACGAUGCUGGGAUUCCAGGUGGGUGGCAAGCAGGCCUUCGAGAUCUCCAUUGCUGACGUGUCACAGACACAGCUGUCAGGGAAGAACGACGUGCUGCUGGAGUUCCACGUGGACGACACUGCCACUGCUGCUGAGAAGGACAUGUUGGUGGAGAUGAGUUUUCACGUACCAACGUCCAACACCACCUUCGUUGGCACCGACGACAAGCCCUCCGCACAGAUAUUCCAGGAGCAGAUCCUGGCGCGCGCGGACGUGGGGCCAUCGGGCGACGAGGCGGUGGUGGAGUUUGAGGGCGUGCACAUCCUCACGCCCAGGGGCCGCUUCAAGGUGGAGCUGCACGUCAGCCACGUGCGCCUGCAGGGCAUGGCUGUCGACUUCAAGAUCCAGUACAAGAACCUCGCGCGCCUCUUCGUGCUGCCCAAGGCCAACCAGCCGCACACGUUCGUGGUGGUCACACUGGACACGCCCAUCCGCAAGGGCCAGACGCUCUACCCUCACAUCGUGCUGCAGUUCCCGAACGAGGAGACGUUUGAGGGCGGGCUGUCACUGAGCGACGAGUUGCUCACCACCAAGUACAAGGACCGCCUGCAGCCCGUGUACAAGGGCCUGGUGCACGAGGUGUUUGCUCAGAUCCUGCGGGGGCUGUCGGGCGCCAAGGUGACGCGGCCGGGGUCGUUCCGCAGCAACAGCGACGGGUACGCGGUGCGCACGUCGCUCAAGGCGGAGGAGGGGUACCUCUACCCGCUCGAAAAGAGCUUCUUCUUCCUCCCCAAGCCGCCCACGCUCGUGCUGCACGAUGAGGUGGAGUACGUGGAGUUUGAGCGGCACGGCGCGGGCACGAGCAGCAUCUCGUCGUCCUACUUCGAUUUGGUCAUCCGCCUGCGCAGCGAGCAGGAGCACCAAUUUCGAAACAUCCAGCGCAACGAGUACCACAACCUCUUCUCCUUCUUCAGUGACAAGCGCCUCAAGAUUCUCAACCUCGGCGACUCGCACGCAGCGGCAGCAGCGGGCGCGGAGGCGGGGGCGGGCGUGGGGGGCGUGGGGGUGGGCGGCGUGGACUCGGACGACGACGCGGUGGACCCGCACCUCAACCGCAUUCGCGCGGGGGGGGCUGAUGAGAGCGACGAGGAGGUGCGCUGGGGGGGGGAAGAGGAGAGGGAUGAUUGGUGCAGAGGAGAGGGGGGAGCGUGCGGGGCCAUCAUACCCCGUUCCUCCUCCAUGUGCUCUGCUCUUGCCUCACCCCACUCGCCCUCCUCCUGCGCGUGCCAUGCACAUGCCUCACUCCCCUCACCUCCUCCGCGUGCCAUGCACAUGCCUCACUCCCCUCACCUCCUCCGCGUGCCAUGCACAUGCCUCACUCCCCUCACCUCCUCCGCGUGCCAUGCACAUGCCUCACUCCCCUCACCUCCUCCGCGUGCCAUGCACAUGCCUCACUCCCCUCACCUCCUCCGCGUGCCAUGCACAUGCCUCACUCCCCUCACCUCCUCCGCGUGCCAUGCACAUGCCUCACUCCCCUCACCUCCUCCGCGUGCCAUGCACAUGCCUCACUCCCCUCACCUCCUCCGCGUGCCAUGCACAUGCCUCACUCCCCUCACCUCCUCCGCGUGCCAUGCACAUGCCUCACUCCCCUCACCUCCUCCGCGUGCCAUGCACAUGCCUCACUCCCCUCACCUCCUCCGCGUGCCAUGCACAUGCCUCACUCCCCUCACCUCCUCCGCGUGCCAUGCACAUGCCUCACUCCCCUCACCUCCUCCGCGUGCCAUGCACAUGCCUCACUCCCCUCACCUCCUCCGCGACGAGGACUUUGUGGCGGGCAAGGACGAGGACGAUGGGGGCUCGCCGUCCGACUCGGGCAGCAGCGGCAGCGGCGAUGGCAGUGGCAGCGACAGCGACAGCGAUGCCAGCAGAGCCGCCAAUGAGGACGAGGAGGAGACCGCCAAGCGCAAGGAGAAGGCACGGAAGGAGAAGGAGAGGGAGAAGGCGAGGGAGGAGAAGGCAGGCAAGGCGGCCAGCAGUGGGGCGGGCAAGAGGAAGAGCAAGGAGGGAGGGGGAGGGGGCGGGGGGGAUGACGGGGGCAAGAAGAAGCGCAAGAAGAAGGACCCUGACGCGCCCAAGCGCGCCCUCUCGGGCUUCAUGUACUUCAGCCAGGCUCAGCGCGAGCAAGUGAAGAAGGACAACCCAGGCAUUGCAUUUGGGGACAUCGGCAAGCUGAUAGGCGAGAAGUGGAAGAAGAUCCUAACGUGUUAUCCCUGUUUUUCCUGGGUCCUGUGUUCCCCUGCCUCUCCCCCUGCAUAUCCUUCGCGCUUAUAUGCGCGACUGCCUCUUACCCUCUGCAAUCCCUUCCGUGCAUCCCACCUGCCUCUCCACCCUCUGCCAUCUCACUUGCACUGGAUGCCCGGUCUUCCUCCCCUCGCCACGGGUGCUGGGGUGCGAGCAGGGGAGGAGAAGGCGCCGUACGAGAGCAAGGCGAGGGACGACAAGGCACGGUAUGCGGACCAGAUGCGCUCCUACAAGGGCGGUGCUGCUGAUGAUGAUGCUCAAGACUAG